AUGGCGAUGGUCGAGCACAUCAACAACGGCGAUGACGAUGGUCUUUAUAAUGAUGGUGACCUGUUUCUUCAUCCCACCAUCGUCUCCAGGCCUCUGACUAUUAUGCCGUCGCAUUCUCAUCCUAAUCGCUUCUCAACCGCUGCUUCCGCCGCCUCUGCCGCCUCCGCCAAAACCAUCUCCGCCAAGCCGACAACGCCAGCGUUUAAGCUUCAGUUUAUUAAUACAGCUCAUCCCGGCGAGUCCACAACCGCAAAGCGCAUCAGCCAGAUCCGAUCUCAUGUAGCCAAGGACUCCCACGCCCGCCGCCGUCAACGCAAGGCUGCCCAAAUCAGGCCAGGCACCUUUAUAGCCGUUACUCCCAGUAGUAGCAGGAGAAAUAAUAGCAUCACUUCUUAUUCCUCGGCAUCCUCUUCGCUGCCUUAUUUGGCUGCGGACGAUGCCGCCCGAACCGACGAACCAAGCUCCACUUCCGCGAGUCCAGAUGGCCUACAACGUCCACACCAGGCUUGGCUUUCAUCUACAAAUACCGCUUUGGGACAGAAGGGGUUUCGGAGAAUUGCGCCGAAGAGAGGCGCUAUGGUGCGGAAAGCGGCUUCGCCUGGCCCGAGGCAGAUGAUUGGCGACACGAUGAAAGACGCGUGGAACGGACAGUUCGCCUGGGACCUGUCACUCGACGAUUAUGGAACCUUCAAUUACUAUCUGGAAUGGGUCCUCAAGUAUGGCUACGCGGUUUGUUUCCCUCCCGACCAGGCCCCCGCUGUAGAGAAGCGAAUGAGGUCAACCUUCGUCCCCUUCGCGAUGAGCAACCCUGGUCUGCUCACUCUCAUUCUAUACGUCGCAUACCACCGGCGUGCCAUGAAUACGACAGAUGUAGACGAGGCAAUCAAAUGUAACCGCAUGGUGGAGCGCUAUCGGAUGGCUUGUAUAGAGUGGACCAGGCAUGCCGUUUCAGUGGAGAAACGACCGACUCUCGAGACUGUUGCGAUGGCCCUGACAAUGAGCUCAGAGGCGUACUUUGAAGACAACUUUGACACAUCGCUCACCCAUGCCCAAGCUGCCAGAACCAUGGUUUCGGCAAGAGGUGGCCUCGAGUCUUUUGGCAAAACGGGCAUAGAUGGCCUCAUCUCCUUUCUGCUGCGAACAUCUGUGUAUUGUGGCAACUACAUUUUCGUUCCAGGCUGCGCUCGCGUCCCUCUCCCCCCAGAAUAA